CAUCAUCGCCGCGCGCCGCGUCUCGGGAGUGACGCGCGGGCUCCGGCACCGCCAGCAUGGAGGAGGCGGGGGCGGCCCCGGCCCCGGCCCUCGCCGAGCUGCGGGCGGACGAAUGUUAUGCUGACUUCUUCAGAGAAGACUUUGAUGUGAAAGCUUACACUUCCCAGUCUAUCCAUCAGGCUGUGAUAGCUGAACAACUGGCAAAACUUGCGCAAGGUAUUAGUCAGUUGGAUAAAGAGCUACAUUUACAAGUUGUGGCAAGACAUGAAGAUCUAUUGGCCCAAGCAACUGGAAUUGAAUCCCUGGAAGGUGUCCUCCAAAUGAUGCAAACUAGAAUUGGUGCUCUACAAAGUACUGUUGAUAGAAUUAGAGUCAAAAUUGUUGACCCCUACAACAAAAUAGUGUCUCGCACAGCUCAGCUAGCAAAACUUCAAGCUGCCUGCGACUUGCUGCGCAGGAUAAUACGCAUCUUGUAUCUCAGUAAGAGACUUCAAGGACAACUGCAAGGAGGAAGCAGAGAGAUAACAAAAGCUGCCCAGAGUCUCAAUGAACUUGUGUGGGAUAACCUCAUUUUACAGUGUAAAAUUGAAUGGAAAGGCGUUUGCAGUUAGAAAACAACAUAGUAAGAUAUCAACUAAUACUUCAGGGACAGAGAACGUGUGGAAAUUGGCAGUGCUUGCUUGUGCUUCUGAGAUGUAUUUGCUGGAAUUAGUAUUUUUGUAGUCCUGUACAAUUCUGCUUGCCUUAGGCUGAGUGGUGUGAAAUGUAAUUGAACUAAUGACUCACUGUGGUGAGAUCAUUUUUAAGAAUGUAGUGGGCUUCUGAUUGUACAAUACUGUGGCAUGUAUUUGCCCUUUUUUCUCCAGUGAUGCUGCCUCUUUUUGCAUUCUGUUUUAGUCUAUCUGU